AUGCGCAUCGAGGAACUCAUCAUCGACGGCUUCAAGUCGUACCCCGUGCGCACGCACGUCUCCGGCUUCGAUGCGUCCUUCAAUGCCAUCACCGGUCUCAAUGGGUCCGGCAAAUCCAACAUUCUUGACUCGAUCUGCUUCGUGCUCGGUAUCACCAAUCUCACAGCCGUCCGUGCCAGCAACCUCCAAGAUCUCAUCUACAAGCGUGGUCAGGCAGGUAUCACCAAGGCCUCGGUCACCAUCGUCUUUGACAAUACCGAUCGCAGCAAGUCGCCCGUCUCGUUCGAGAACUGCCCCCAGAUCACCGUCACGCGUCAGAUCGCAAUGGGCGGUCUCAGCAAGUACCUCAUCAAUGGUCACAAAGCGACGCAACAGGCGGUGCAGAAUAUGUUCCAGAGUGUGCAGCUCAACAUCAACAACCCCAACUUCCUCAUCAUGCAGGGAAAGAUCACAAAGGUGCUCAACAUGAAGCCAGCAGAAAUCCUCUCCAUGAUCGAGGAGGCAGCAGGCACGCGCAUGUUCGAGGAUCGCAAGGACAAGGCCAUCAAGACCAUGUCCAAGAAGGACCAAAAGGUCAAGGAGAUCACAGCACUGCUCGAGGAGGAAAUCACACCCAAGCUCGACAAGCUCAGGGAGGAGAAGCGCUCGUUCCUCGAGUAUCAGAAAGCCAGCACGGAGCUUGAUCGUCUCACACGUCUCGCCAAAGCGUACGAAUGGCAGCAGAACUGCGCUCGGUACGAAGAGAAGAAGGCGCUCGUCGAUCAAAAGUCGCAAGACGUACAAGACCGCGAGGACGAGGCCAAGGCGCUCAAGCGACAGAUCGAGAGCAUCGACAAGGAGCUCGCUCAAAUCGAGAAGAAGAAGGAGGCUGAGAUGACCAAGGGCGGCAAACUUCAGGCGCUCGUCAACCAGAGCAAAGAGCUCCAGCACGACCUCGUCAAGCGCAAGACCAAUGUCGACCUCAAGAUCGGCUCUGUAGAGGAGGAGCGCAAGAAGCUGCAGGCAGAUCAAGCUUCGCUCGAGGCACUGCACGAAUCGAUCAAGGAAAAGGAGGAACAACUCAUUGACGUGUCGAGCUCGUUCUCCAAGCUUAAAGCCGACUACGACGGCGCAGUGGCUGAUGUCAACAAGCAAGACGAGCUCUUGCAGACCUUGCUCACCGGUAUGGCUUCGUCCUCCAAGUCCAAGGGGGGCGAGAGCUCUGCUGGUGGCUACAUGGGGCAGAUCGCCACCGCACGGGCCGAAGAAACUGCCGCCAGCACCGAGAUCGAGCAGUCCAAGCUGCGCAUCGGCCAUCUCGAGAAGGAAGUCAAGCAGAAGGAGCCACUCGCCAAGAAGGCGCAGAAGGACGCUGCCGGUCUCAUGAACGAGCUCGAGACGUCUCGCUCCGCGGUACAACAGCUCGAGGCACACAUGCAGAAGCUCGGCUGGGAUGACGAAAAGGAAAAGUCGAUGCUUCAGUCCAAAGCCGAGUGGAGCCGCCGCGUUGCGGAUCUGCUCGAACGCAAGGAGGGACUCAGCUCCAAGCUGGCCGGCAUGGACUUCCGAUACACGGAUCCCGAGCCCAACUUUGACCGAUCGCGCGUCAAGGGUCUGGUCGCGUCGCUCAUCCAGCUCGACCAGGACAAGCACAAGUACUCGACGGCGCUCGAGAUUUGCGCUGGUGGGCGACUCUACAACGUCGUGGUCGAGGAUGAGAAGGUGGGCUCCAGCCUCUUGAAGAACGGUGGUCUCAGGAAGCGUGUCACCCUGAUCCCGCUAAACAAGAUCAGCGCCUUUGUUGCAAGUGCUGAGAAGGUGGGCGCAGCGCAAAAGCUGGCACCGGGCAAGGUCGACCUCGCCUUGACGCUGGUGGGCUACGACGACGACGUGAGCAAGGCCAUGGAGUAUGUCUUUGGCAACACGCUCAUCUGCGCCGACGCAGCUACGGCCAGACGUGUCACCUUCGACAAUGCCGUGCGCAUGAAGUCGGUGACCCUCGAUGGCGACGUCUACGAUCCUACAGGAACACUGUCGGGUGGCUCCAAGCCCAACUCGGGCAACGUGCUGGUCAAGAUGCAGGAUCUCAUCAAGAUCGACAGGGCGCUCAAGGAGGCCAAGCUCGAGCUCGGUAAAGUUGAAUCAGAGAUCCAGUCGUCCAAGGCACAGAUCGCAUCAUUCACCAAGGCCAAGCGUGACCUCGACCUCAAACGCCAUCAAGUAACAUUGCUCGAGUCGCAGAUCAGUGGCUCGAAUGCAACGCGCAUCAUCGGCGAAGUUGAGAAGGCGAAAGCCUCGAUUGUCGAGCUCAAGGAGGCUAUCGACGCAGCCAAGCAGCGCCAACAAACCGCGGGCAAGGAGGCCAAGCGACUCGAAAAGGAGAUGGAAGAAUUCGACAAGAACAAGGACUCGAAGCUCGACCAGCUCAAAGCCGAGAUCAAGCGCAAGAAGGCCGAAGUGCAGAAGCGAAGCGGUGACAUCAAGGCGCGCCAGGGCGAGGUGCGGACCUUGGAGCUCGAGCUCGAGCAGACGCGUGCCGAGAUCACCACCUGCGAAAAGACGAUCCGCGACGGCGAACGUGCUAUCAAGAAGGUCGAAGCUGAGCUCGCCGACAUGCAAGCCAAGCUCGAGGAGCUACAAGCCGAUGUAGACAAGGUCGAGGCGAAGUUGACCCAGGAGCGCGCGACGCUGUCUGGAUACGACGACGAGCUGGCGGCGCUGCGAAGUGCGCUCAAGUCCAAGAAGCAAGAGAUCGCCGACGGCGCUCUGGCGGUCAAGCAGCUCACGCACGACCACGAGAAGCUGACGGGCGAAGUCGCCGGCUACGCCAAGCUGAUCCAGCAGCUCGAGAACCAGUUCGAGUGGAUCCAGUCCGAACAGCGUUUCUUCGGCCAAGCCGGAUCCGUGUACGACUUUGGCAAGCACAACAUGACCGAGGUGCGCAAGCGAUGCAAGAAGCUCGAGGAGACGCAGCAGGGGAUGCGCAAGAAAGUGAACCCCAAGGUGCUCUCGAUGAUCGAGGGUGUCGAGAAGAAGGAGUCGACGCUCAAGACGAUGCUCUCCACCGUGCUCAAGGACAAGGACAAGAUCGAGGACACCAUCACCGAGCUCGACCGGUACAAGCGCGACGCGCUUCAGAACACCUGGGAGAAGGUCAAUGCCGACUUUGGCUCCAUCUUUGGCGAGCUUCUGCCGGGCAACUAUGCCAAGCUGCAGCCGCCCGAGAACCAGGAUCUGACGCAGGGGCUCGAGGUCAAGGUUCGUCUGGGCACGGUGUGGAAGCAAAGUCUCACCGAGCUUUCGGGUGGUCAGAGGAGUCUGAUCGCCCUGUCACUCAUCAUGAGUCUGCUGCAGUUCAAGCCUGCGCCCAUGUACAUCUUGGACGAGAUCGAUGCGGCGCUGGAUUUGAGCCACACACAGCACAUCGGUCAGCUGUUCAGGAAUCGGUUCCGGGGCAGUCAGUUCAUUGUUGUCUCGCUCAAGGAGGGCUUGUUUACGAACGCCAACGUGCUCUUCAAGGCGAGGUUCAGGGAUGGAACCAGUCUGGUGGAGAGGACGGUCAACGCGAACAGGACGACGGCGAGCGAUGAGGCGGACAAGGAGAAUGUUGCCCUGCAGGGCGGAGCAGCGGCGAGCAGGAAGAAGGGUAACAAGGGAGCGGCAGCAGCGGCCAACGGAAGGAUGAUUGCUGCUUGA